ACUGAUAUCCGCUGUUCUGCUUGUUUUCUUGCUUGGUGACAUGCAAUUGAUGCUUUGGAGCUAUUUUCAUUCGUUGAGAAGAAAUAUACCAACUAGCCUAUAACUUGUCCAUUUUAUUGGAAAUUUAAUUAGGCGAUAGUACUUACUUUUUAAUAGAACUAUUCUAUAAAAACAUCAAAUAGUUGCAAGGCUGUGAUUACCUCCCUCUAAUACUAACAGCGCUCUUGCGCGUGUGAUCAUUGCGCGUGGGUUAUUUGGUUUUACUUUAUAAGCAGGGACAUUAAAAGAGUGCAGGGCAGAAAUUAAUAUACUGAUGGAACUUAAGAGAAGAAACUGUGGCUCGACGGAAUAAAUACUGCAGAUAAAUAAGUUUCUCCUCCCAGAGAAGCGUGCGGGGCGUCAGGAGUGUGUCGGAUUCGGCUGCAGGUAACAACGCACCCUUUAUGUGCGCGUUGGAGGCGGAGGCAGCUCUGGGGUGGGGGUGGACCGGAGGAUCCGGUUUCGCCGGGAGAGAAACACAGUGGUUCACCGCUUCUCCGCUCACUCUACACCGCAUGCUGUUCCAGCACACAGCGCGCUGUUCUGCAGGACUCUGACCAAUGAGACACGCUGUGACAUCUCUUCUCUGUUAUGUUGAAAAAAGUCGUGCAGUUUUGGAACGACAUGAGGAACAUAAACAUAAAGAUAUUUUGAAGAACUUUUGGAACCGAACAAUAAUGGACCUCAUUGAUUUCCAUUGUAUCGGCAAAAAAUAUUUUCUCAGGUUUGAAAAAGCAUGAGGAUAAAUCUGUGAAGAUCAGAAGCUACACAUGAUGAAACAUGCAGAACACUCUGAAUAGAUUAAGGAAGACAUACAGACUGUCUGAAAACUCUUUGGCAAACAACGUUGUGGUCUUUUCAACAACAUUUGACUGUUUCAUGAAGUUAAAAGAAACCGAUGGCAAACCCGUUUUCAUGGACCAUAGCCAUUGACGUCUAAUGGCUAAACCUUCAAUGAAUGGUUUUCUCUUUUGGGUCAUUGGGAGUGCUGUAGAAUGGAGGAUCCAUUCCAGACAUUCUCUCAAGGGUCUGUCACGCUACCUCCAAGAAGAAUGAGCAAUUUUCACCAGAUGGAGACAUGCGCAUUUUGCUACUGAGCUGGUCCAAUGGUUCAUUUGUCUGGACAGAGAACUAAUAGUACCCCGAAGAGGAGGAAGUGGCCGUAACUUGACCCAUGACAAAGUAUGUGGCUGAAGAGCCAGGCUGAAGUUUAAAGAGCGGUUGAAAUGGGAAUUGACAGUAAAGUUCUGAACAAAACUUGCUUUGUGGUCUGCACCUGGGAAAUAUAAGACUUUAGUUAACAGACAAAACACAAACAGUUCUUCUUAUUUUUAAUCAAAGAUAUGCGCCAGUGACUUCAACAAGCAGUUCUGGUGUGGGCAGCCUUUGGCUGAUCUUUACAUCUUGUUUUUGAUGGUACGCAGAGAUGCCACAACUUUGUUGAACUACAUCUUCCUACCCGCCUUGUUGUUGAGGUUGUCAGUUGUGAUGCUGCGCAGGGGUCUGCUGGCCUGGCUCUCACGUGUGGGUGUUCUGUUAGUGGUGGUGUGCUGUUGCCUUUCCCUCCUUUAUGUAAUCACUUGCAGCCCCCACGCUGAUGAGCCCAUGGCUGGGCAACCCCUGCCCAGGGCUGGAGGGAUGGCUAUUGCAGGGGGUCCAAGCAGGCCAGGUGGUGUUGGAGGUGCCCCCAUUGGCCCUGCUGGGCGGGAAGGGUUCCAGGUCCUGCUACAAGAGCGGGAAGAGCAGCACCGGCAGCAUAUUGCUAGCUUGAAAAAACAAAUUGCUCAGCUUAAAGAGGCUCUCCAGGAACGGAGUGAACAACUUAAGGGAAUGCAGGACUCUUUGGAGAAGACGGCUGGGAGGGGCACGGGGGGUGACAUGGCUGACGACCGCAGUCACACCGACCUGCAGGAGUUCCUACGCAGCCAGCUGAGCCGGGCAGAGGUACACAGUGGCGUGCGACUUCCAAGCGAGUACGCUGUGGUGCCCUUUGAGAGCUUCACCUUACAACGUGUUUACCAGCUGGAAAUGGGGUUGACCCGUCACCCCGAGGAGAAACCGGUGAGGAAGGACCACAGGGACGAGCUGGGGGAGGUGGUGGAGAGUGCGCUGCACACCCUCAAUGCACCAAAUCAAGGUGGAGACAAAAUGAAAGCCAGUAAAGUCUACACACCAUCAGACUUUAUAGAAGGCAUAGAGUGCACUGAAAAGGACAAGGGCACGCUGUACGAGCUGACCUUCCGUGGCGAGCAGAAACAAGAGUUCCGCAGGCUGGUUCUCUUCCGCCCCUUCGGCCCCCUCAUGAAAGUGAAAAGUGAGCUUGUGGAGACGGCCAACAUGCCCAUUAACAUUGUGCUGCCUCUGUCCCAAAGAGCUGACAAAUUCAAACAGUUUAUGCACAACUUCAGAGAGGUGUGUGUGAAGCAAGAUGGGCGGGUGCACCUUACCGUGGUUUACUUUGGAAAGGACCAGAUGAAUGAGGUCAAAGGAACCUUGGAGAACACAUCGAGGGAGCUGAACUUCCGUAACUUCACUCUGAUCCAGCUGAAUGAGGAGUUUUCUCGGGGUCGAGGGCUGGAUGUGGGCGCUCGUGCCUGGAAGGGAGGCAAUGUCCUGCUCUUCUUCUGUGAUGUGGACAUCUUCUUCACAGCCGACUUCCUGAACACAUGCCGUCUUAAUGCCCAGCCUGGAAAGAAAGUGUUUUACCCUGUUCUCUUCAGCCAGUACAACCCAGCUGUAAUCUACGGCAGCCAUGAUCACAUCCCCCCUGUGGAACAGCAGCUGAUCAUUAAGAAAGACACUGGCUUUUGGAGGGACUUUGGCUUUGGAAUGACCUGCCAAUACAGAUCCGAUUUCAUCAAUAUAGGGGGAUUUGAUGUGGACAUUAAAGGCUGGGGUGGCGAGGAUGUUCACCUGUACAGGAAGUACCUCCACAGUAAUCUACUAGUAGUGCGUGCCCCGUCACGCGGCCUUUUCCACCUGUGGCAUGAGAAGCGCUGCGCUGAUGAGUUGCCCCCGGACCAGUACAAGAUGUGUAUGCAGUCCAAAGCCAUGAACGAGGCCUCACACGGCCAGCUGGGCAUGCUGCUCUUCCGGCACGAGAUCGAGGCACACCUCCGAAAACAGAAACAGCGAAGUGGAGCUAAAAAAGCUUGAUGGAUGUUACCUCUUCUAUACAUGCUCUUAAAGGGAUGGUUCAAAAGUGAAACUUUCUGUCCUCAUUUACUCACCCUCAUGACAUUUGGCGUUCUUUGUUCUGUGGAACCAAAAUGUUCUGGUCAUUCAUUUCACUGCACCAUAAAAUCAAAAUAAAAGAGGUCCACAUGAAGCCCAAAAUGAUGUUCAAAGAAACAGCAAUGUCCGUUUUGAGAGAGAAAAACAAACUUUUUAGUUGAAUCAUUUCAUUGAAUCAGUUCACUAAACCUGGUUUAGUGAACUGAAUCACAAAUCGGACUGAUCUGUGAUUUUAACUCUGAAAAUGUUAUCCUGUUUCUACCAUAUGACAGAAGGCUUGGAAUAUAGCAUAAAAAUGAUUAGGCUGCAUGGGUAUUGACAUAAAUUUCACGAUUCGAUUUUGAUUUGCAGGCUGGCGAUUUGAUUCAAUUCUAAUCUCGAUUCACAAGCUUGCAAUUCGUUUCAGUUUGAUCAAGAUUCAAUUUGUAUACAAACAUUUUAAUUGCACAUAAAGAGUUUUUAUAUUAAUAAAAUUAUAACUUUUUACGAUUUUUUAAAAAAAAUAUAAACAUUUAAACGUCCCUGCUGAAAAAACACACACACACAAAACAAAAAAAAAAACAAUAGAAACCAUCAGAGAAGUUCUAAUGGUUUCCACUACAAAUACCAUUACAAACAUGUUAACCAUUAAAACCAUUACCAAAUAGUUUCCAGAAGCUGUUGGCAAUUUCGCAGUUUUUCUAUAGAACUGGACUACUUGUAAACUUGUCGAUAUAUUGUGAGGGAGGGGCCUUUGAGACUAUGAUUAUACUAGUGAUUUUCAAGUUGAAAUUGUGUAUAAUUGUGUAACAGUGCAACACUGCAUAACAGUGACUCUAAAAUAUGUAGGCCUAUUUUAAGUAUAGGUGUGGCAUAUGUUGAGUUUUGAUAUAUGGAUAGGAUCACUGGGCUUGUUUUGGGUUAGUCUUGAUUGGCCUUCGGGCUGGUUUUGUUACACACAACUGGCAACCCUGUUUUGAGCCAUAUUCCAUUAGGAUAUAGUGGUUUUAACAUGCCACCAACAGAAGGCAACAAAUUAUCAGUAGACCCACAGAGACCAUUACAGUUUCCAUUAAAACAAUACAUUUCCCUUUAUAACCAUUACAAAUUCUCUGAGGGUUUCUGUUGUUUUUGUCAGGAGGGACAUGGCUGUUACACUCCAUGAUGGAUUUGAACAUUCAACAUUAAAUAUUGAAAAACAGGUUAAUUAAAAUAAUAUAGUGCAUAUAUUUAGUAAAAUGCUCCUCUCUAGAGUUCAUUUUUCAAGCUAUCGAGUUUAUGAUCAUUGAAUGACUUUUUUGAUAUACCAUUACGUGAUUGUUUACAAACUGUUUUAUUGACGUCUUUCCGUGUUUGAAACACUGAUUAAGCGACUUAAUCACAUGAUAUAUUUCGGUAAGUUGUACAGUUUCUUUCAACAUACCUUCUUAUGUUCAUUCAUGUUUAUUUCGUGCUGUACAACGAGUAAAAAGGAAGAGAAGAUUCGCGUGCACUUCGCGCUGCUGCUUCGCCUUAACUGAGGCGCUACAACGAUCUGUCACGCCACAUGAAAGAGCAGUAUUAUUUUUUUAUUAUUUAUUUAUUUUUAAUAUCUUAAUUGACAGAAUUGGAAAGCUGAUACCUUUGUUUUAUAUUAAAAGUAGCAAUGCACAAAGCUUAAUGCAAUUUAUUGGAAAAGAGGCGUGCUACAAAUAUUGUAGUGACGUUUUGUUCAUGCAUCAACUUGGGAUUUAUAAGGUGAAUCAAAGAUUCAAGGUACAUCCAAUGAGAAUCGAUUUAGAUCGACAAAUUGACCUUCAACCCAGUCCCAGUUAAAAUAAGUACUUUUGCUGAAUUUUUUUUGCUCUGCAUUAAUUAUAGUAAUCACAUGGAAAAGAGCAACAUGAAUAUUCUUCCGAAUUUCUCCUUUUGUGUUCCACAGAAGAAAAAGUGAUUCGGUUUGGAACGACAUGAGGGCGAGUAAAUGGUGACAGAAUUCAUUUAUGUUAUGCAUGAGAGGGGAAGGGAAGAAAUACAGUACUGCCUUGAAGAGCCGGUUUUAGUAAGACGCACACACAUAUGCAAACCCAAACAAUAUAACCAAGAGACGCCACAGGAACAGAGCAGUAGACAGACAUUCCCUAAAGACAAGAUAGUCAAGCGUGGGUGUGCAGCAGAGGACCUUCAAGUCUCUUUGGAUUGCUACAAAAAGAUCCACAGUAUUAUCGCGGUGCAGCACAUGAUGUGUCUGUAGUGCACUUCACGUGGUCAGUGAGUUACGCUGAUAAACUGCUGUCUUUUGGAAAGCGUUCUGUACUAUACUAACUAGUACAAAUGACAUUUAAAGAAGACGCAUUGUUUCAAUUUUUCUUUUUUCUUUCUUUUUUCUUUUUUUUUUUUAGAAUACAAGAAAAUGCCUUAUUGCGGUUAAUGUAUAAUGUGGGUGCAUAACUUUAAAUGUGAAUCGUUGAGUAAGACGAUUAAGAGCCUUAAUGCAUGUAUCUAGACUGUGCUGACAGUUUAUAUGACGAGCGGUUCGAAGAACUGCAAUUCUUUUUAUGUUACCCUUGAUUUAUUAAUGUUGUGGCGCCACCUAAUGGUGAAAAUUGACAGUGACCUGAUUGUUUUAAAGGGGAAUUUUUUUUUUUUUUUUUUUUUUUUAGAGCAACAAUUAUUAUAUUUGAUUGAUAUUUUGUAUUGAAGGAUUCAAGGAGUAUUAUGAGUACUGAGUAUUAACAGUAUUGGUUAGAGAGAUUAUUUAAUGACUCUUCCAAAUACAUUUGUUCUCAAUUUACAAUAUUCAGAUUUAGCAGAAUUGUAUUGAAGUUCAGGCAGAAUACAAGUCUUGUCAGGUAUAUCAAAGAUCUCAGGGUGCAAAGCACUCUGUUUUUCUCCUAGAGUGGAGUAGAAUAGCUCAAAAUAAUUAUUUAUUGGGGGACAUUUUCACCCCAAAACUCAAAGCUUGUUUGUCUAUUUGUAUUCUUUAAAUAUGUUGUUUUGGGACAAACUCAUUUAUUGUAAAUGAAAAAACAUUUAGAUUUUGUGAGGACAAAGCAAAAAAUAAAGCAAAAGAAUGUGA